AUGAACGUUGAUACUCCACAGCCAGUCAUACCAGGGGGCUCUUCUUCAAUUUCCUCGACAUCCAGUAAUUGCGUCACUAACAACAAUGCAGCAACUAAUGUCAGCAGUAUCCCCUCGGUUUCCAUAAGUAAUGCCCCAACCUCGGCUACCAUGGCCACACCAUCAUCUGACACAUCCGUGUCCAACGGUGUCUAUGUUCCCAGUGGCAUUGCCAACGGCGAUGUGAAGCCUGUAAUCUCCACCACACCACUGGCUGACUUUCUCAUGCAAUUGGAGGACUACACUCCUACAAUCCCUGAUGCAGUGACAGGCUACUAUCUCAACCGGGCUGGCUUUGAGGCGUCUGAUCCACGAAUAAUCCGUUUGGUCUCCCUAGCAGCUCAGAAAUUCAUCUCAGACAUUGCUAACGAUGCUCUGCAGCAUUGUAAAAUGAAGGGCACGGCCUCUGGGAGCUCCAGGAACAAGACAAAGCAGGACAAGAAGUACACAUUGACCAUGGAGGACCUCUCCCCUGCCCUGUCUGAGUAUGGCAUCAACGUAAAGAAACCUCAUUACUUCACAUAGGAUAUUGGCAUAUGCAGUCUGGCAGCUUCUGCUGUUUUUGCGCCUCAUAAACCCCUUAUGAUGGUCAUUUAGGAUGGCCAUGGAAUAUUAAUUGCAGUUACUCUUUUGUUCUGUUUUUUUUCUUCCAAGUAGAGCAUGCUUUACUUUGUUUGAAUUUGAGCUUGUAAUAUUUUAUUGAGACAAAUAAAACGUUCAGCAAUUACUUA